GUUGCAGGAAGCCGGUGAAAGUGCAUCAUACUUCAGCUGUGAUAAGUACAACUACCCAGUACUCCUAAAUAAAACCAGUGUCUUCACGGCGUUACGAUGAGCCGAAGACUACGAACGGCUGCCAGGACUGUAACGUACCAGGAGUCAGACUCCGACAUGACCUUUUCUCAGUCAAUGAGCAGUGAUGAGGAUGGUGAAGAAUGGAGGCCACCAGAGUCAAAGUCAAAGGCUGCCAUUAAAACUGUUCCUGCUGCAAAACCACCAGUCAAGAGAACUGCAAAACCAAAGGAACCAAAACCACCCAGAGAGCCUAAGGAGCCUAAGUCAAAGACAUCUCAAAAACCUCCCACAAAACGGAAAUUACCAGCUUCUAAAAAUCAGGAUUCUGUGGCAUCUGGGUUGGCUGGAACAAAGAGGAGAAAAAAUGAUGACGGCAAAAAUGAUAAGGCCGACUAUGUAGAUUGGCCAGAGGAAGAGAGGACAGAUGAGGCUGGGCCAAGUGUCAGAAUGAAGGAGGAGAGGCUGUCAUUUAUUGUGUCAGAAGCCAGUCAGGCUGAAAGAUGGUCAGAUGAAGGGCCAUCUAUUGGUUUUACCGCAAAGAAAGAGGAGGUUGACAAAGAGGAUUUUACAUUUGAUGAUUCCUGUCUGAGGAAACAGAAGUGCAGUGGACAACCAAAUGCUUUGCGGUCAUCAGAAGCACAGGCUCUACGUAAUGAACUCAAUAUGAACUGGGACCUAAUAGAGCUGCUGUCAACCCUGACAGGCAUAGAACGAUGGGUGUGUGUAAAUAUUAUCACCCUGCUGCGUGAGGAAAACACAGUGCCCUUCAUGGUGCGAUAUCGCAAAGAGAUGAUUAACUACAUGGAUGCUGAUGCAGUCAGAGAUGUCCUGUUAAUAUAUGAGGACCUACGUUCUCUUGCUAAAAAAACCCAGUCUGUGAUUCAGACCUUGAAGAAGGAUGGUGUUCUGACAGUGGAGCUGGAGACCAACCUGAGGAACUGUAGAUCAGCUGAUGAGCUGGACCAUGUGUAUUCUCCUUACAAGAAAGGCAGCAAGCUGACAAAGGCACGCAGGGCCAAAGCACUGGGCCUUGAGGAAGCUGCCGGUAUUCUAAUGGAAGCUCCACACACACUGGAUUUAAGGACAUGGGUUAAACCUGAUACUGAGGGUCUGUCAACAGUUGAAGAGGUGGCUACAGGCAUUGAACAUAUCUUGGCUGAUAUGAUAUCCAAAGACCCUGAGACACUAACCUUUGUGAAAACUUUGUGUGAGAACAGCUAUGUAACCAUCCAGUCUGCUGUGUCAAAAUCGGCAGUGAAAGGGCAAGAGAAACCAACUCAAAGUGACAAAAAUCAAGGAGCCAAGCAGAGCAAAAAUAAUGACAUUGACAAAUUCUCCCUGUAUUUUGACUUCACUUGCAAUGUCCAGCGCAUCCAACCCCAUCAGACACUGGCUAUUAACCGAGGGGAGAGUCUGAAGAUUCUGACUGUAAAGGUGAACAUUCCUGACAGGGUGAAGAGUGACUUCACUAGGUGGUGCAUCAACAGCAGAUGGAAGCCGAAAACAUUUCUUAGAGAAGAGCUUCUUGCAAUGAUUAAGAACGCAAUCGAAGACUCCUUUAAAAGGCUUAUUCUGCCUUUCCUCACCAGGGGUUACAGGACAAAGCUGACAAACACAGCAGAGAAAGAGUCCAUUGCUAUGUUUGUCCGCAAUCUCCGCCAGCGUCUCUUGGUGUGUCCAGUCAGGGGUGUCAUCAUGGGAGUGGACCCAGGCUAUAAACACGGCUGUAAACUGGCUAUCCUCUCUCCCACUAGUCAAAUCCUCCACACUGAUGUUGUCUACCUGCACAACUCAGGGCGGCAAAGAGAAGCUGAGAAACUGCGCCACCUUCUGCACAAAUAUGGAUGCAGCAGGGUUGUGAUUGGCAACGGGACAGCAUGCAGGGAGACGGAGUCCUUCUUUUCUGAUCUCAUCUCCAGGCACUAUUUCCAUCCACUUGAAGUGACCUACUGCAUUACCAAUGAGGCAGGGGCUUCCAUCUACAGUGUGAGUCCUGAGGCAGUCAAAGAGAUGCCAGACAUGGACCCAAACCUUAGGAGUGCAGUGUCCAUUGGAAGGCGGGUCCAAGAUCCUUUGGCUGAGCUUGUCAAGAUCGAUCCUAAACAUAUAGGGAUUGGAACAUACCAGCAUGAUGUAUCGGCUUCAGCCCUGAAGGCGGCGCUGGAUGGGGUGGUUCAGGAGUGUGUGAGCUUUGUGGGGGUGGACAUCAACAUCUGCUCUGAGAUGCUGAUGAGGCAUGUAGCAGGGCUAAACGCUGGCAGAGCUCGAAGUAUUGCAGAGUGGAGGGAACAGAAUGGACCUUUCACCAACAGAGAGCAACUCAAACUGGUCAAAGGCAUGGGACCAAAGUCCUAUCAACAGUGUGCAGGCUUCAUUAGAAUCAAUCCUCAAACCUUUAACAGCAGUUCCAGAUCACCACCUCACCCAGGGUCUACAGUGCUAGCAAAACCAGCCGUGAAGAAGGGCAAAGGAAAGACUGGUGUCAGCGUAUCAGCCUCAGUUAACCCACUUGAUCAGACCUGUAUACACCCUGAAUCCUACCACGUGGCCCAGAGGUUUCUGUCCUUGGUCGGUGGUAGUGCAGACCAGAUUGGGACCCCAAGGCUGGUAGAGUGUGUGCAGAACAUGGUUAAGAAGAGCAGUAUAGAGGAGCUGGCUAGAACCAUGGACACCACCAAUGAGACCCUUAAGCUCAUCAUAGAUGGGCUCACACAGCCCCCAGGCUUCGACAUACGUCAAAAUUUUGGCCAAGCGGACUUUAAGCAGGGCAUUGUGUCGAUGAGUGAUCUGCGUGUGGGUGAUGUACUGACUGGCCGGGUGGACAACACUGCUCUCUUUGGGGCUUUUGUGGAUAUUGGUGUUGGCCGCGCAGGUCUGAUACACAAAAGUAGCAUCACACUGGACAAGUUGCCUCCUACCCAGCGGCGCCGCAGCCUAGUGCUAGGACCUGGUGAGCGAGUGGAAGUGCGGGUUCUAAAUGUGGAUGCACAGAGGGGGCGGAUUGGCCUUGACCUUAUCAGAGUCCUGCAUUAGUGUCAGCUACCUCAACAAUCACUUCAGCUGGAGUAUAUUUAAUCUUAUACAUCGUUUGAGCUACUUUUGCAAUGUAUGUAAUAUAAAAUAAUAAAUAUGUUGCGUCAUUGUAAUAAAGCAGCUCAAACCGAUUAAAAGUGUACUCUGAAUGCUU